AUGGCAAUUCCUUCAGAAAAAAUGGAUCCAUUACGAGAGCAAACCGAAAAAGAUGGUGGUACUGUCAAAAAGGAAGAUGAAAUACAGAAGCCCAAAGAAGAUAUGAAAAAUGACUCGGACAGGGGUAGAAAAAAAAAAAGAAUGAAUUAUGUAUUAGUUAAAGACAAGGGUGUUCAAACAUUGACCAUGCCUAUAAUCAAAAAGAAACGUAAAUGUACAAAUUGUUGCGGAGGACUUCCAGGUUGUGGUCCAGGAUUAGGACAAGGUUGCGAUGGAAAAUGUUCUUGCGUACCAGGAAUUGAAAUAACAUCUAACGGAUUGUACGACGAAGAUGAGUUCAAUCUAAGUAGAAAAUUAUUUCCACGAUUUUACGUAACACGUAAUCGUCUACGUGGUGGUGGUGGUGGUGGUAGAAACUUGAGAAAGAACGUAAUGGCAAAAAUUCGUAGUAGAAGAAAGAAGAAUAGGGUUUUCCAGGUGGUAAGUUCACUUGGAAGACCUAAGGAAGAUCUUCUAUGUCGUGGGUUUGUUAGAAGCCUAAGUAGCCUUCGUGGUCAACGGAUGGGGUGGUGGUUGGAGAAAGCUCAGGAAAGUUGUUGGGAAAGCUGUUGUCUCUUAGGCAAGAAUUGCGUUGGACGCGUAAGCGUUUCUGCAGAGUGCGUUCCCUCGUCGUACAACAACUACGUCAGCUACGUAGUUCCUGGUGUCCCUGAACGUCAUCGUCGUCGUCGUCGUCGUCGUCAGAACUUUCAACUUGAGCAAAACAUAAUGGCUGAUGGGAGUACUAGUAUUACUACUAACGUCUCUAGGAAGUUUCAACGUGAAACAACAACGUCCACCACGUUGCUUCUAUCAAACACUUCGAAGUACCAUGGAGAAAAUAAUAGAAAGAAUCGACGUUUGAGAAAAUUUGACAUUCCUAAAAAAACUAUUUCAAAUAUUUAUUGUCCAAUGAAAAAUUGUUCUCAUUUAUUCUCGUAUAAUACGAAACGUGUUGAACGUACUAAAACUUACAAGGACUGUAAUUUUUCAAAAGGAAUAUUACCAUGUAAAAAUUCAUCAUCUUAUGAGACAUUGAACAUUGUGGAACGUCUUAGAGGUGGUGGAAAUGAAUAUCCAUGGUCCGACAAUGUAAUCAACGAAGACGUGCUUAGAUUUCAAGAAGAGCAAGACCACUACGAUGAUGAUGGUGGUGAUGGUGGUGGUGGUGGUGGUUCGGAGAAUCAAAACGAAGAUGGAAGGAUACGUGGUGCAUACACGUGGUUCGUGUUGUACACCAGGACGACCACAAAUUUCCUGUAG